UUUGAAAAGUAUUACAAUUUUGAAAAAUAUAGAUAAAUUUGUACCAAGUAAAAACUUUCCUUGAUGAUACCUUGGUUCUUGGAGCCUACCCUAACUUAUUUCCACUCCAGUCCAGCUGAAGAUAUCGUCUUGUUUGGCAAGAGGAAAAACUUUUCUUCAUCCCCUUUAAAUAUAAGUUCUUGUAAACUACCCAUUUAUUUAGAACUUUCCAUUUCUGUAUAAAAGUUUUUCUAUGCAUAAUUGUACACAAACAAGACUUAAAAAUAUUUGGAAGGUCUUAAUUAAAUAGUAGUAUAAGCUACUUUAACGAGAUUGGCAUCAUCAUCAUAUAUGAACUUAAGAUAUGAACUGUGGCUGCUUUGGAAUCCCUUUUUCUCAGAAAAAAAGAAGUCCUUCCUUGCCUACCAGAGAAAUUGAGGGCCAACUGCUCGGGAACAUCAGACAAUUCAACUACGACGAGUUAAGAUUAGCAACAAAUGGUUUCGAUGCGAGCAAUAAGAUAGGGCGUGGUGGAUUUGGAACAGUAUAUAAGGGAAACCUCAAAAGUGGACUGAAAGUUGCUGUGAAAACACUUUCCGCGGAAUCAAAACAAGGCUUGCGUGAGUUUUUGUCUGAAAUCAAUACGAUUGCAAAUGUGAAGCACCCGAACUUAGUUGAGUUGAUUGGAUGCUGUGUCGAAGGAGCCAAUCGCACCUUAGUGUAUGAAUAUGCAGUCAAUAACAGUCUUGAUCAUGCAUUGUUAGGUUAUACUAGUGACCGUAGUCUAUUGAACUGGGAGAAAAGAUCAGCUAUAUGUUUGGGUACUGCUAGAGCUCUUUCUUUUCUUCAUGAAGAACUUGUACCACAUAUUGUGCAUAGAGAUAUCAAAGCCAGCAACAUACUCCUUGAUAAAGACUUCCAACCAAAAAUCGGAGAUUUCGGGCUGGCUAAACUUUUCCCGGAUGAUAUCACUCACAUCAGCACCCGUAUAGCUGGUACAACCGGUUACUUGGCACCUGAAUAUGUCGUGGGUGGUCAUCUGACAAUGAAGGCAGAUGUUUACAGCUUUGGUGUUCUUAUACUUGAAAUCAUUACUGGCCAAAGUAAUUCCAAGUCGAAUUGGGGCGGAGAAUUUAAACUUCUUCUAGAAUGGGCUUGGCAAUUGUAUGAGGAAGGGAGAUUAUCAGAGCUAGUGGAUACGGAAAUGGGGGAGUACCCAAAAGACGAGGUUAUAAGGUUCAUCAAAGUAGCUUUGUUCUGCACCCAAGCUAAUGCUAACAGAAGGCCAAUGAUGUGUCAAGUCAUCGAAAUGAUGUCUACUAAAACACAACUAAACGAGAAGCAGUUGGCGGCCCCAGGGCUCUUUGCCGAUAGUGUUGGUGGUCAGAAAGAAAAGGCGUCUGUUGGUUUUAGCUCGCUUCAUCAUAGGUCAACCCCCCUUACCAUCACCACUGAAGUGGCUCCUAGAUGAAAAAUACUCCCCCAUUUUUUUGAAUUUCCUACAUAACAUAAACUUUAUGUGCAGCAAAUUCAAAGGAAUGGAGGGAGUACACCUCGCGUAAUUCUUUUAUUGUUUCUUCUAUGUAUAGUUUCUUAUUGGUUGUGUCGCGCCUGAAAAUAUUAGAGCAUAUAGCAGCCCUCUUGUAUGAUUGAUAUUGUAUUUUCAUAACUUCUAUCAGUAUAUACUAGUGGAAAAAACCUCAUUUGUUGCGAUUUUUUUGUCAUAAUUUGCUGCGGUUUUGGCCCCAAGCAAUAGUGAUAGCAGCAAAUGACCUAUUCUAAAUGUUGCGGUUUAAAAUUGCAGCAAAAAGGGGCAUUAUUUGCU